UUUUCUAGUUUUUGCAUGACCAUUUCAACGAUUUGGUGCUUCUGCUGCUCAAAGAAAAAGAAGGGAGAUGACAAGGAGGAUAACAAAAGACAAUCAAAAGUAAAGUCUCCUCCGCCUAUUCCAGCUGCCAAAAAAACUGAUUCUGCAGCCAAAAAGAGGCGAUAUUCGGCAACACCUGACAAAGCAAAGCGACAGCAAGCCCAAGCUAGGGUUCGAAUACCGGUUGUGAAGCCGGUCGUUGCUGGGAAUCAAAAGGCAAAGGUUGGAGGAGAUGGUGGAAGUAAGACGAAGAAACCAGGAGAUAGAGGAGGGCGGGUAGAUCCAACUACAUCAAGUCCUACUACAGACAGUGCUCUGCUGACGGUGGAACCAGAUGAAUCUGAUUUCAAAAUGGAAGACUUCAAAAUGGAAAACAAUACCAAAAUGGAAGACAAUAAAGAAAGUGGAGGAGUGAAUUAAAUUAAACAUAUAUGUACAGUUGUGAAUAUAAUAAUUUUUGUUUUUUUGUGUAUUUUAUAUGUAUGAUGUAUUGUUUUUGUUAAAUUAUAUGCUUGUAUAUUUUAUUGUACCGUUAAAUAAAAUUCUGGUAUAUCGAAAUAGUCG